GAGUUUUUACAUGGCAACCCUUUACGUCGUUGUCAAAUGUCACUUUUAUUUUAAUUUUGCACAUAAUUGUAACCUAGCUUUCUGUUUCCACGCCUUUUAUAAAAGUUGAUCCUUGUAUUUUGAAUUUUCUUUAUUACACUAGUUGAACCAGUUAAUUUUUUAUAUUUUACCCCAACAUUUUGGUCCUUCAGACAACCGAAUAGUUUUAAUACUAGAAUACAAUAUUUCAAGGAUCGAGAGUCGAAGGAAUCGCCAAAAAGGAAAUCGUUUUGUCAAGCAAGUUGCCGCCAUCGAUGUAUAGUUGCCACGCAAGCUGUGACUGUUCUUCAGUGCGGACUGUUCUAUAGUUUCAGCCAAGAAUCUAGUGAUUGUGACAUAGUGUAUAGGCUUAUCGUUCGCUUCCCGGUAUGGCCGAAGAAAAGGAGCUAAUUAAGAGACGGGCCAGUUAUAAAGGACGGUUAACCGCCUUCUCUAAUUAUCUAAAUAGUUUGAACGACUCAUUAAGUCAAAGUCAGCUGAAUGAGCUGCAGUUACGAGUAGAAAGUCAAAAGCAUGGUGUGCAACACUUCGCCAUCAAGGUCCAGCAUAGGCACCACUUCGAGUGACUCGUCUCCAUCCAGUUCGCCAUCCAAGAAGUGCCCUAAGUGUUUUGGUGAUCAUUUCUUGAGCAACUGUUCCCAAUUUUUGGAUCUCAGCGUUGAGCAAAGACGCUUCUCAACUCGCCUAUGGUAGUUGCGUGUACGUGCGGAGUGCAAACGAUCGCGGUGAAGUUCUCGUUAGUUUGCUGUUAGCCAAAAGCAGAGUGAGUCCUUUGAAGCCCACCACGAUACCACGUCUCGAACUUUGCGGAGCGUUGGCUAGUGUUCGCCUGUACGAAAAAGUGACAAAAUCGCUGCGAGUUAAAGUACGUAAAACCUUUUUUUGGACCGACUCAAUGAUUGUUCUAGGCUGGCUGAAAAUGUUGCCAAUUAAAUUACAGCCUUUUGUUAGGAACCGAGUCGCGGAAAUUCUGGAAGUUUCGGGUAAAGCUGCCUGGCGUCAUGUUCCGACUGAUUUAAAUCCAGCGGACCUUAUAUCGCGUGGUUUAGACCCAGCCUUAAUGCAGGCUUGUAGCUUGUGGUGGUCCGGUCCUGAGUUUCUAAAACAAGAUGAAAAUCAGUGGCCAUCAAAUCCCGAGUAUAAUAAUUCAAAAUCACUUCCUGAAACUAAAGAAGUCACAUUACAUACAAACGUUGAACCUACUCAAAGUUUGAUUGAUUUUAGUCGUUUUUCAAAUUUUUCACGUUUGAACCGAGCGAUUGCAUAUGCUCUUAAAUUCAUUAAUAAAUGUAAAAAACAAACUUGUGAUGAAUUCUUAACAAGCAGUGACUUACAAAAUGCAUUGAAUUUAAUGAUUAAAAUUUCUCAAAUGGAGUCUUUUUCAGAGUAUCAAUUAUUAAAGAAUGACAAAAAGCUGCCUAAAAAUAGCACUUUAAAUAAAUUUAACGUCUUUCUAGAUGAAAACCAAUUGAUGCGCGUAGGUGGUCGUUUAGACAAUUCAGAUUUUUCUUAUGAUAAGAAACACCCAAUCAUUCUUCAGUCCUCACAUCCUGUUACUAGGUUGUUAUUUAAGCACGAGCAUAAACGACUUAUGCACGCAGGGCCACAACUGUUAUUGGCUUCUAUUCGCGAAACCUACUGGCCUAUUGGUGGUCGCAACUUAGCAAAGCUUUGCUAUCGUAAUUGCGUUCGGUGUAAUCGUAUGAGAGGCAAGGUAGUUCCGCCUUUAAUGGGAAACCUUCCAUCAAAACGGGUACAGGCAGGUGGUUACCCAUUUGAAAACGUCGGCAUUGACUAUGCAGGGCCAAUUUUAUCGGCUAGUCGUCAAGGCAGAGGCUGUAGACUUGUAAAGGUGUACAUUGUGAUUUUUGUAUGUUUCGCUACGAAAGCAAUGCAUAUUGAAUUAGUAGGUGACCUAACUAGUAAUAAUUUUCUUUCUGCGGCCCGGCGUUUUAUGAGUCGCCGUGGAAAAUCAAAGAAUUGGUAUACUGAUAAUGGCUCUUCAUUUAUCGGCGCAUUUAAUGAAAUUAGUAAAUUUUUAAAAAGUAACUGCAGCUCAUUGUCAGAAGACAUUGCCAAUGAGGGUGUCAAUUUUCAUUUUCUGGCUCCAUAUGCUGCUCACCAAGGUGGCCUUUGGGAAGCGGGCGUUAAGUCUGUCAAAUUUCACUUACAACGCGUAUUGGGUAAUUGCCAUUUAACGUACGAGGAACUUAAUACUGUGUUAGUUCAGAUAGAAGCAAUCCUCAACUCGCGCCCGCUUACACCGUUAUCUACGGAACCUGACGAUCUGAUGCCGUUGACACCUGGCCACUUCAUCAUCGGCCGACCUCUUACGUCGUUGCCAGCACCAAACUAUGUGAACAGCGCCACAUCACAGUUAACAAGGUACCAAAGAUUGGAGCAGCUUCGACAACACUUUUGGGCUCGGUGGAGCAAGGAAUAUAUUGCCGAAUUACAAAAGCGAGGAAAAUGGCGCACUGGUCAAGGAGCCCUCAAAGUGAACGGCCUUGUAUUAUUAAAGGAUGACCAGUUACCGCCUCUAAAAUGGAAAUUGGGGCGUAUAGUUACCUUAUAUCCUGGUGCUGAUGGCAUAAGCAGAGUGGCAGAUAUCAGAACAUCUACUGGGAUAGUACGUCGUGCUUUUAGUAAGAUAUGUCCAUUACCAGAUGACGAAAUUUCCUGUUGAAAGCGAGCUUCCAACGCGCGGGGGGAUGUUGGAGUUUUUGAGUUUUUACAUGGCAACCCUUUACGUCGUUGUCAAAUGUCACUUUUAUUUUAAUUUUGCACAUAAUUGUAACCUAGCUUUCUGUUUCCACGCCUUUUAUAAAAGUUGAUCCUUGUAUUUUGAAUUUUCUUUAUUACACUAGUUGAACCAGUUAAUUUUUUAUAUUUUACC